CACGCCCCUUGGGCGGGGCGGGUGUGGACGCCUGCAGCCCCGGGCGAGCCCGGCGCCAGGCGCGCGGGGAUGGGGGUCACGGUGGACGUGCGCCAGGUGUACAAGUACCCCUUCGAGCAGGUGGUCGCCAGCUUCCUCCGAAAGUAUCCCAACCCCAUGGAUAAAAAUGUCAUCUCUGUAGUAACUGUGGAGGAAAAAAGAGAUGUGUCAACAGGGAUCAUCUAUAGAAAGAGGAUUGCAGUCUGUCAGAAUGUGGUUCCCGAGAUUUUAAGGAAGGUGAGCAUUUUAAAGGUACCUAGUAUCCAGUUGGAAGAGGAAUCGUGGCUGAAUCCUCAGGAAAGAAACAUGGCUAUACGGAGUCACUGCCUUACGUGGACACAGUAUGCAUCCAUGAAAGAGGAGUCUGUCUUCCGGGAAAGUGUGGAAAAUCCAAAUUGGACAGAGUUCAUUCAAAGAGGUAGAAUUUCAAUCACGGGGGCUGGCUUUCUCAACUGCAUUUUGGAGACUUUUGCCAGCACAUUCUUAAGACAGGGAGCCCAAAAGGGAAUUAGAAUAAUGGAGAUGCUGCUAAAGGAACAGUGUGGUGCCCCCUUAGCCGAAUAAAGGACCGUCAGGGCCCUGUGUUGUCCUAUUUUGCUCAAGAACCGCUUCUUGACCACAACCCGUGACUGAUGCAGUUUUUGAAAUUCGAGUUUAAGGAUACACUGUCGGCAGCUUAAAGAAGAGGAGACCCUCCUUCCGGGACCUGAAAUGAUAUACCCCCCUGGAGCCUCCCUCAGAUGUGGCACUCGUGGGCGUGAGCCCUUCUAGCUGGAGUUUUAUGGCACAGUCUCAUUAUGAUUUACAAAUAAAGGGGAAAAAAACCUCUAGAAGGCGACGUCUGCCCUUCUUCAGGAUGUCCUGCUGAUGGCCUGGUGACCGUGUCAGGGAAACCAAGGACAGGCUGGAGGUCCUAUUUGGGUGUUUAAAGCCCUUACCGUGAAUGGCUCUGCUCUUUGAAAUCUGCACUGGGUUUUGCAGUGUCUGUUCACUCACUGUGACGUGUUGUCCUUUCUCUCUGCUGUUCACUCUCACCUGCCUCUAGGAACCUUCAUCUCCUUCUUUAUGGGGCUGGGAAAUCAUGUCAUUGCAUACUGUAUGUCCAGUAACAGUAAACAGGACCUAAACGGGGCUUUGAGAAACAUUUUUCUGAGGACAGUGAAAUGAAUAAACUUUGCUGCCUUGA